UCCUCCGAAUUCCGCGGCCUCAGCGACCACGCCCGCACCAUGGACGGCGAAGUGCCCUCUGGCGACGGCGCGUCGCGCGUGAGUCCGCAGCAGCAGCAGCAGCAGCAGCAAUCACAGCCGCAAGCGCAGCCGCAAUCCAAGACGUCUCCUCUGCCCUCAGCUGCUGCGAGCGCCGCGGCGGCCGCCAACCAGAUGAGCUUUAGGAGGCAACGAGCGUCACGAGCAUGCGAGACAUGUCACGCUCGAAAAGUUCGAUGCGACGCAGCCAGUCUGGGGGUUCCAUGCACCAACUGCGUCGCCUUUCAGAUAGAAUGCCGCAUCCCAAGACCCAAGCGCAAGAAGACCCAGGCCACUGGGGCGCAAGCAAACAAAGAUUCCGACAGCGAUCGCGGCGACAAUACCGAUGAGCCGUCGCGGCAGACGCCUCAAAGCAGCACCGCUACCCCGUACUCGCCCAGAGCUUCGGCUCCGACGGUGUCACAUACUGCUGACGGGACGCCUCCCACGUCUCUUACAGAGGCCCAGGCCAGGAAGGAGGAGGUCGACAAUGGCACCUAUCUCAACCUGGUCAUGAAGCCAAAGUUCACGCGUGCCCCCAUCACCGAGGCCGGCCGUGUUGCGUACCUCGGCGAAUCAUCGAAUCUCACCCUCCUCGUCCACGACCGUCAGGGCUCUGCGGACGUCGUUCACUACCCGUUGCCCGAGAAUGUGAGGGGCUCGCGAGCCAGGCUGACCGAGCUUGAUAACGUCGAGAUCGAUAUACUGCACCAGCGGGGGGCCUUUCUACUGCCUCCGCGAUCGCUCUGCGAUGAGUUGAUCGAUGCUUAUUUCCAAUGGGUUCAUCCCAUUGUCCCUGUUAUCAAUCGCACACGCUUUAUGAGACAGUAUCGGGAUCCCAAGAAUCCGCCGUCGCUGCUGCUCCUCCAGGCUGUCCUCCUGGCCGGUUCCAGAGUCUGCCAAAACGCGCAGCUCAUGGACGCCAAUGGCUCGACUACUCCGGCUGCCCUGACCUUUUACAAACGGGCCAAGGCUCUGUACGACGCCAACUACGAGGACGACCGCGUCACCAUUGUGCAGUCCCUCCUGCUGAUGGGAUGGUACUGGGAGGGGCCUGAGGAUGUCACCAAGAAUGUCUUCUACUGGAGCCGUGUCGCCACCAUUGUUGCUCAGGGCUCGGGCAUGCAUAGGUCUGUCGAGCGGUCGCAGCUGAGCAAGUCUGACAAGCGGCUCUGGAAGCGCAUCUGGUGGACGCUGUUCACGCGCGAUCGAUCAGUGGCCGUUGCCCUUGGCCGUCCGGUCCACAUCAACCUUGACGACUCGGACGUCGAGAUGCUGACUGAGGAUGACUUCAUCGAGGACGAGGGUGACCGAGGCAGCGAGUACCCGCCGGACCCUAUCCAUGUGCAGUUCUUCCUGCAAUACGUCAAGCUGUGCGAGAUCAUGGGGCUGGUUCUGUCGCAGCAGUACUCGGUUGCCUCCAAGGGAAGGCAGCGGAACGCCAUUGACCUGACGCACAGCGACAUGGCCUUGGCCGAUUGGCUGCAGAACUGCCCCAAGAUUGUAUACUGGGAGAUGCCGCGCCAUCAUUUCUGGUCUGCGCUCCUUCACUCCAACUACUACACGACCCUGUGUCUCUUGCACCGGGCACAUAUGCCGCCGAGUGGCUCGCCUCGCUUCCCCAACGACACUCCCUAUCCGUCAAGAAACAUUGCCUUCCAAGCGGCGGCCAUGAUCACGUCCAUUGUUGAGAAUCUGGCAGCACACAACCAGCUUCGAUACUGCCCGGCCUUUAUCGUAUAUAGCCUCUUCUCCGCCCUCAUUAUGCAUGUCUACCAAAUGCGCUCCCCUGUGCCCUCCAUCCAGCAGGUGACGCAAGAUAGGCUGCGCAGCUGCAUGCAGGCAAUGAAGGAGGUCUCUCGCGUCUGGCUUGUGGGCAAGAUGGUCUACACCCUGUUUGAGUCCAUUCUUGGCAACAAGGUGCUCGAAGAGCGGCUGCAGAAAGCGGGAGGCAAGCGGCAUCGGAAGAUGCAGCAAACCGUUGCCCAGCUGGAGCAGCUCAACAACAACAGGCACGACUCGGCUAAGCGGAAAUACGACGACAUGGCAAUGGAUUUCAUGAGCAACACCCCGACGCCGCAGGAAUCAUACGAACGAUCACGGCCGCAGACCCCUAGCGCUACCAGGAGCGAAAAUACGGGCAAUCCCGGUCAACGCUCGUCAGCAGCGUCUCCAACCGUUCGCCAUACCGGCGCAGAUACCUUCAUGGGCGGAACCAACUCGCGGCCCCAGACAAGGCCCGCGACGCCGUUCAACCCUUCGUUUUCUCUCCCUGCCACCCCUCCCGAUUUGUACCUGGUCACCCGCAACUCGCCAAACAUCUCACAAGCUCUGUGGGAGAAUUUCCAGCCCGACCAGCUCUUCCCCGAAAGCUCAAGCCUGUCGGCGUUCCCCAAUCUGUCGCCCACACAGACACACCAGACUCUGGAUCAAAACGCCUUGAAUCAAAUGCCCGGGGGCGGUGUGGCGACAGGCAUACAGACCAACCAGUACAGAGGCUCCGGCCAAAACGCCUCACAGGGCGCUGCAGGCAUGGUGCCCAUGUCUGGCUUCCAGGGACAACAAUCCAGCCUGUGGCAGUCUGGCUUCGACGGAGGACUGCAAGACAGCAACAGUCCCGACAGCUGGGGCACGAGCUCUGCGCAGGGACAGCCUGCGCCGACGACGCUGAACGUGGAAGAUUGGUUUCAAUUCUUCGGCAUCAAUGGGGACAUGAGCAGCAUCAAUUUAGACAUGCCUUUGGGGUAG